AAAUUUCUAAGAUGGCUGCCCACGAAUUGGAUGUUUACAGCUUAACAGAUAUCGCUGAAAUACAAAAAGCUUACGCACAAAUCCAUCUUCAUGAGGUACAUUACAAAUUAAACGCACAAUUUUUAAGAUUUAUAUUGCAAUUGAGUCGCAACUUUACCCUUAAAAUUCCCAUGUUUUCAAUUUGCAACUGUCGCCAACGUGUCACUUUGAUUCGGCAGUCGACUGUAAUGUGGUUAUACGUUUGGUGAACCCAUUGAGGAUCCUUGGUGCGGGUUCAAAUUAAGUAAAAUUAGAUAUUCCUAAAUGUACAGCUUGCUUGCUGUUCUAAUCACCGUCAAAAUAACGUGGAAAACUCUGUAAGUUCAUGUUAGCUCAGUGCAGUUCAAUGUCACCUAUCGACUAUAUGGAAAAUUGAACUAUGAUGCCAAGCAGAAACAGUGGCAGUUAGUUAUCCUCGACAGUAUUCUAAGCAUAAAAGGAAGCGGAACCGAGCAAACUGGUACAAUGCUUAAUUUAAAUAUUUAACAUAAUGGUUAAACCUCAAACAGUUAAAGGUAAACAAACCAGUUGAUAUCUGGUCACUGCUACAACAAACUUGCCACCACCAACCUCCCCAACACUGAGAUUCGAAUCGCCAUUGGUGGUGAUGUGACUCAGUUGUUAUCUGUAGCCUGUUGAAUGAAACUUACUUCAAAUGGAAGCUAAGGUGUAGCAGUAUAUUGCAAAAAGGGAAAGAGACUUGGAAGUUUUAUACGAGAGGCUAGACAAAAUGCCUCAGUCAAAUUGCAUUUGGUAGAGAUUUGACUGUUAGCUGUGGUGAGUUUGGUGGUGGUGAAUUGACUGUAAACCAAGUGGUUGAAUAUUAUAGGUAAAGUGGUCAAUAAUUCAAAUCCAAGGUUCGUUUAAUAUUUUGUAUACAGGUUAUAAGUGAACUUAGAAAAUACUUCAUCUUUCCAAAUUUGUUUUGAGGAAUUAAAACUCUAACUUGCUUUGCUGUUUCUUGUUACUAGCAAAAACUUAACAAUGAACUGGAUGCUAUACUGGAAAACCAACCAAGACUUGACACAAAACUUAACACACUACAGAAUGUAAUGUAAGUGAUGAAUGGUGUUAACCUUUUAUACUCUAACAUCAGUAUUGAUAUUCUCCAUACCCUUCUCCAUACAUUUCUUAAGGUGCUGACAAGGAGAAUUUGUUUAACAGUCAAUAGAUUCUUUAGUUGGUAAUCAUUUUCUUUAUUCUUUUGACCAUGAUGUUUGAUUCAAGGGUGAUGUUGUAUGAAGAAAUAAGAUGCUGGUCACUGUUAGGGUGUAAAGGGUUAAAUUGUCUGCAUUACAAUAUGAUUUAUAAAGCAUCUAAUAUUCCAAAUCAAGAUUAACUUGAAAAAAGUCAGGCCACUGUUGUCAAGUUUACUCAAUCACAAGCUGAUCUGGUCUUUUUUAGUUCAGCCUAUCCAUGACUCCUUUUUUCGUUCCAAUGCUUCAUCUAUAUUUGUAGCACAAACCAUAAUUAUAACAAAGCUGCAAUUAUUUAAUAUCAAGUUAGGGUUGCCAUCAUGUGUAUUCCUAUCUCCAUAUACCAAUUGUUGAAUAUUCAGAGUUUGCAUCUGAAAUUGGGCUAUUUUGUUGAUAAUGGUAAUAGGACUGAGUGGAGUCCAAUUUGUAAUGGUAAUAGGAUUGUGUGGAGUCUAAUAUGGUCUGUAAUGAUAUGAGUGAGAACAAAAUCAAGUGACUGCACAGUAGGAGUUCAAUUUGUUUAUCACAAGUAUGAUUACAGACUGAAUUGGAUGACAUAAAGUCUUAAUCAAUUAAUUAAUGAUAAAUACAAUUUCCAAAAAAAAAAGAAUAGCCAAGUUUUGAGAGAAAGGGAAAAUUUGCAUUAAAAGACUGACAAAAGAGGCAUAAAUUGUUUAAUGUUGAUUAAAUGUUGAUUUAAACCAUAACUCUGAAUGUGAUUGGCUCAUUGAACUGUCCAAUAACAAACUGUCAGAUAAAAACUGUUCGCUAACAACUUGGCAUGUGAAUUAGUGGAAAAUAGGAUUUUUUUAAACCAACCCCAAUCAAGGGAAUUGUAAUUUUCAUGAUUUUUGCAGAAAUUAUGCAAAAUGAUAUUUAAUUAUAUAUGCAUGGCUUAUCCCUUCAGAUGGCUGCACAAUACAGCUACUAUUGAUUGAAAUUAAUGCCUUGUGGUGUGUCAUGUAUUUUUAGUCCAAACCUGCAGUUGGUAAUGAGAGAUGCCCAACAUUUGCAUACCAUGAUUUCCAAUACAUCAGAUUUGGCAGAAAAAGUCAGCAGUAAAGUGCGACUUCUGGAUCUUGUUAAGGUUGGUCAUAACUUAUCACUGUAAUUGGUAAACAAAAAUUUUAUUUAUAUAUUUGAAUGGGUUAUAAUGUAUAUUAGUUGUUGAUGACAUACAUUGCUGCUUUUCUGGUUUACUAAGAUGUUAUGUUUUUCUUUUGCUUUCAGAACCGUGUCCAAGAAACAAUAAAACGUGUGGAUGACAUCCUUGAUUUAAAGGUGAAGGAUGAACCAUACUAUAUUGCACUUUUUAAGUGUUCUAAACCACAGUCAAUAUUUGAGUAUAAAACUUGGACUAAUUAUGUUUCUGUUUUGAUCCAAUGGUUAUGAGGGGCUUAGUUGUCCCUAAAGUGAUCAAUACCAGAGGUUUCACUAUUUUAAAAUCUUCUUUUUUCCUCUUUGUAGGCUUGUGUAGAUGGUGUGCAAACAGCGCUAAAUACAGAGCACUUUGAGCAGGUAAGGCAUCUCUUGUCUUGGCUGCUUGAAUUUAGUUUAUGCAAGCAAAAACCUUUAAUUAAAAUCCAACUAAGCUGUGUUAUCAUCCAGAGUGGCUUAUGAUACCGAUGUUAAGUAAACCUUUCUCUGGAAGUAAGAAAUGGCACACCACAAUAACUACUAUAGAUUGUUCUUGCUGUUGUAAAUAUCAGGAUGUUAUUAAGUGACUUAAAUAUUUAGAAUAAUUUAUGCUAAAUCAGAAAUUAUUACUAUCAUUACAAUGAUACUGACUUAAACUAUUUUUGUUGGCAGUCAGUGUAAUGUGUAAUGAUUUGUUUCUUCAGGCUGCAGCACAUAUUCACAGAUAUCUCAACCUGGAUGAACAAGUCCUCAGAGACUUAGCAGAGGACUCAAAAGAAGGUGAAAAUAGUACCAUAAUUGCUGCAUUUUUAUCGUUACUGCUGGAACUUUUUAAGAGUUCAUAUCAAGUAUGAAAUAUGCAGCAACAGUGUUAUUUCCCCUAAAGGGGAUGAUAGGGGAUCUCUAAACUUUUGUCAGGUUUGCCUGGCUGUUUAAUUUGCUGGAAUCAAUAAACUACAGUAACUGUAAAAGUAGAGGUUUGUGUUUGUAGAGUUUUGUGUCUUGCCUGAGAACACAACGCGGUGAUCUAGUCAAGCCUCAGUGACUGACAGAGUCAGGUUGGUCUGGACGGGAAACUGUUUUUGACCCUCUGUCAUGACAUGUGGACCUUGCUUGCUUGGUCCAGAUAUCUUGACCUCAUGCCAAAUAUUUUCUGUUAGGUCCAAUAUGUUUAAGUAGAUUAGUAUUUAAAAUUCAAUAGUUAAGAUUUUGUUUUGAAAAUGACAGCAAUAGUUAGGACAUUUCUAUUAAUAAACAUUAACCUACUUUAUAUGCUUCUCACACAACCUAACUGAGCCUGCAGCCCUCCAUCAGGUAUCUUUGUGCAGCAAUAGCUGAUAACUUGCUCGUGAUUUUAUUUUCCUGUAGGUUCUGACUUAGCAGGGGCCUUUGUGUUACUACAUGAAGCAGAGACAAAACUGAAAAGAAUUGUAAAUGACAAGUUUGAGGCUGCUAUACAAAAUGGUGACAGGGGCUCUGUAGAAAGGUACAGAAGACAUGCAUUAUAUUGUAUGGCGUUGUAGUUUGUCACCAUGUUUUUCUACUUUGGAUAUACUUGUUUGUUCUGCUGCCAUGAUUAUUAUUUUCUUAAUUUGAUGUAAAUUUUGUGUCUUUGUAUCUGGUAGUUUUGAUUGGUAUUUCUGUAUAAUUAUUGUGUUUUUUGUGAGAUCAGGUUAAACACCUAGUAAUAUUGAAAUUAAUUUAAAAAUGUAUUCUGAUCAUGAUUAAUCUUUUUUCAAGGUUUUUCAAAAUUUUUCCUUUACUGGGUCAACAUCAAGUUGGACUUGAAAAGUAUGCAAGAUAUUUGUGCACACAGGUUUGUCCAUGUGUAUGGUUACUUGGUUACUUCUUGGAUACUCAGAAAAAUGGGCUUAUUAGGCUUACAUGUAAGAAUGAAUGGUCAUUGUAUGAUUAUAGUGGAUCAAAACAACAGAUCAGUUGAACUGGCUUUGUUACUGUUAAUAAAAGCAAGGUAUCAUAAAAAAAUUGGUAUGAGUGAAAUAAGUACAACAUGGCAAAAAAAAAAAAAAAACAUGAGGGAGAUGUAGUUUCUCCCUGUUAAUUCAACCUUUGUGUCUUAGUCUAUCAAAGGGGAAUAAAAUAUUUUUUAAUUUUAGGGCUUUUUGAGAGUUAGGAUUCUUCUAAAUGUGUUGAUAUAUGUUAUCAAAUGGAGUCAGCCAUCAUUAUCGUAAUGGUAAACCCUAUUGAUGAAAUGAUCUAUGUCUGAUGCAGGCAACUUUUGAUAAAAAAAAAAUGAAAAUAUACACAGUGAGUAUAUGUAGACUAAUCAAAAUGGCCCUAAACUAGUGUGAGGUGUUUUCUCCUUUGUAUUAGAAAAAUAACUGUAGUCUUUAAAGAUAGGAAAUUACCAGCAAGUUUGAAAUAACUUUGACCUAAAGUUGUUUUCAAUAAAAAGAUGUGAAAUCUUUUUCCUGCUUUAGAUUGCUGCCCAGUGCCAGAAGAAUUUGGACAAUGCUGUUGCUGUCAAAGACUCAGGUGAGAAUGUUGUUUCUAGUAAUUUUUAAUAGCAAGGUAAUUUUUCUUUUCAUGUAACAUUUUCUUUAUUUAUUCUAACUUACAUAUAGGUUAUACUGUGAAUUACUGUACCUUGGUUAUGACAGUAUUGUUGUACUUUUAAAUAGCUCUAAGCUUUUGAUGUGCAGUUGUAUUCAGUCCUUAGUUGGAGCCUGACUGUAACAUUUAUUCUGGCAUGAUAAUUGUCCAGAUGAGUGUUGUGACUUUAAUAGGAUUGUUGUUGUUGGUAGUAGCUUACAUUUUUAUAGGCUGGGCCAAAGUCAUCAUUAGUUCUUACAUGGAAGAGCUUAAUUACUUAGAUAUUUUACUCUAAUUCUUUUUAGAUCGUCAUGUCAAUGUUGUGUUUGCAAAUACUCUCACUUUACUGUUUGAGAACAUUGCACGUAUGGUGGAAGAACAUCAGCCAUUUGUAGAGACUUACUAUGGUGAGGCUGCCCUGUGGCAACUUUAAUUUAAUUUACCUCUAAAAGCCUUUUAGAUGCUCCUCCUUUGUGGGAAUGUGUACUUGAGCUUUUACAUGAUAUAGCCACAAGCUGGUUGUACCUACCAGAUAUACCAUUAACUCAGUGAAGAGACUGUGUUGCCAAAAUUUUCCUUCUUUCUGGGCCACACUGUAAAUUCACCAAUUUAAUUAUCUCUUUUGGCAGGUCCUGGCAAAAUGUUCAUUCUGCUACAAGCUAUGCAGGUACAUGGUUCAUUGUCCAGUUAUAUUUAGAUUUUUGAUCAAUUUAAUUUUAUAUUUCUAUUUCUUCUGGAGUUACACUCUUUAAAGACACUGCUGGAAUUUGUAGUCAGUGUUUAUUUUCUCUAUCAAGAGCUGCUUACAUCAUUGCCUCUUUAAAUUUUUGCUUCAGCUCAGUAAAAUGCUUUUCUUUUUCUUUUUUUUUUAAUGUCAGUUUCAGUGGCCCCUUCCUUCCCCCUUCAAAAAGAAAUUUGAUAGAUUUAGUUUGCAUUAGACAUUUUCAAAGCUCUUUUGGUAAGACUAGACUGGAAUUGAUGUAAUCCUUUUGCUGGAAAUAUCUGCUAACAGCUUACAAUAUCAUGCCCAAUUGCUUGUAAGCAAUAUCUGCUUUAUAUAUUGUAGAAAAUUAUUUACUAAUAGAGGGUUCCAAGACCCUAAUCCCCCUUACUAACCAAUAUUCAAACCAACUGUGGCUUUUCUUAAUGCUCCCAGGGGUCUUAUCAGCAAUGCAAAAGGCAGAGGAGGGGGGGUUGGGUUACUGUAAGCCCCAGAGGUUUUUUUUUAAGUAAUUGUAUUUUUAUCUGUUUUGUUAGAGGUAUUCUCAGCUGAGAAUAUUGCCAAGGAUUAUGGAUGAUGAUCAUUGUGAUACAGUACCAUUAAAUUAUUUUGUUAAUUAAAUGCAGCACUUUUUUUUAUGAAUACUUGCACUUAGGCUGAGUGUGACAAGCAAGUCAAUCAAGUUGUUGACCAGUUUAUGAAAAAGAGACAGUUCACAGAAAAGGUACCCAUAAAAUGGAAGAAUUUUAUUUCAAUGAAUUAUUAUAAUUUUUCCUAGAAGCUGAUGACCUAGGUUAUAUGCUUCUGUUACGAAAAUUCCUUGUUUUCAAGCAAACUCAUAACAUUGCGUGAGGGGCAGAUUUAACAACAAUUAUAAUUGCAUUAUGAUCACAUGGUGUGCAGCUCAUUCUUUAUGCUUUUUAGAAAAUUUCAAUCUCCUUCAACAGUUUUUUUGAUCUGUUCAGUAUCUAGUUUGUUGACAAAGAACAAUGUAUCCAGCACAGAAGGCCAAUGUAUCUACACUUUUAGUGAGACAUUGGCAGAUCUAACAGAAUGACUACAUAUAAAUAUUGUGACAAGUGCAGACUGAAAAACCUGCAUGAAGUGCCUUGUGUGCAUAGAAUUUCACUCUUUUUCUCUUUAGUUCAAAUCUGUUCAGGGCAGUCAAACCUUCAGAGGUUCUUCUGGUAGCCUUGAUAGGUAAGUUUGCAUCAGGUUUUUAAUGACUAGAAAUAAUUAUCAUGAGGUGAAGCAGACUUGGAAGUGGCAUCCUGGGUUACUUGGAUCAAUAAUUGGAGGGAAAUUAGGAUCCAUUACUUCUGAUUUGGAUCUAGUUGACAAGGAUAUUGAAAAAUAUAUUAUGUCCCUGCUGUGUGUUUGCCAAGGUUAGGAAAUAAUUUCUUGUCAUGGAGAUUAGCUCUAAGUAAUUUAUGGUAUUAUGAUAUUAUGAUAAUUAGAAAAAAAACAAGUCAAUUUGAAAUCAUUGUUAAGGCAGGAAUAUGUUUUGGCUUGUUUAAUUUUUUAAUUCCUAGGAGUGUUCAGCAUCUCAUUUCUCCUUACUGUAUCACCCUUAAAUCAAAUGUAAAGGCUAUGAGAAUAAAGGAAAUGAUCACCAAUUUAAGAAGCUCCUGAUUGUCAAACAAAAUAUUCUUGUUGGCACCAUAAGUAGAGGGAACAGUGGAAACGGGAAAGAGGGAACAGAAUGAAGUGUUCAUAACCUUGUUGUGUUUCUUAGGUAUGACCCCAGAGAGCUUGAUGUUGUCUUGCGUGAAGUUGUUGUAAUGAAUGCAAGAGCUGAGAUGUAUUUACAGUUCUUGGAGAAAAGGAUUGCAGUAAGAAUUUGUACUCUUCUAAUUUUAUUUCGUAUUUUAAGCAACCUCUUUGCAUAAAGGACAAAAAGAGAGCUGUAAUGCACAAGUCUCACAGUUUCAGUUCUUUCUGCCAUUUUUACCACAUACAAAAAGUUCCUUUAACAUUGUAGAAGUAAUUGAUGAUUUUAAUCUAAAUUAUGUUUUGUCUUUGAUCUUAAAACUUUUUUUUUACUAUAGGAUGACAUGGCAAACGUUCCUGAAGAGGAAAAAACAGAAGGUAGCAAUAUGGAUAAGUUUUACACAAUGCACAAUUGUGUUUUUGUCACCCCUAACUUAGCUGUAAGUUAAAAGUAUGUAGUCUGUGUUAGAAAUUUACAGAUAUCCAUGGGAGAUGUGUUUGUUUCUCUCUUUGUUUAUAACCCUUAACUCUUAUGAGUGACCAAGACAGAAUUUCUCCUUACAACAUCUAUACAAUAUUAAGUAGACAAUGAUGAAAAUGAGAAAAGUACCAGCUAGGGGAUAAUUAGUUGAUCCAAUACUAAAUUCUCUGAAUUAGCAUAGUAAGAAUUGUAUGACAGAACCCUAAGAAAUUACUAAAUUAAUGAGAGUUUGGGACUGGUAGUGUUAAUUUGGUUUUUCCCCCUCUUUCCUUUUUUCCUUUUUCUAUUCAUUCUCUUUUCUUUCAGUUGUCUAGUAUUUUCCUUUUUAAUUUAAUGAUCAUGCAAAAUUAUAUACAUACUGAGGUUAAGAAAACUGAAAAAUACACCAUAUUAAAAACACUUUGAACUCUUUUUCAUCAGUGGCAUUCCUCUAUAUUUACAAUAUAACAUUAACAUCACUAAGAUUAUAAUCAUCAUAGAAGCUUUUGAUUCUCUCUGUAAGAACUAUUAGGAAUUCAAGACAAAGUUAUUGCCAAUUGUGAACUAAACAGAAGAAUGCAGGUAACACAGGAGAAAUCUUUCCAUCGAACAUCUUUUAAAUACACCAAAAAAGUUAUAAAUGGAAACCUGAAUUUACAUUAUUUUAGUGUUGUUAUAUACCGGUACAUCACAUUUUUUUACCAAGUUGUUCAGAUUUGGGUUUUGACUUUUAUCUUCAUGGUGUUUGUUUUCACCUUGGAGUACUGAUCUCUAUGUGGCUACAAAAAGAUGAAAGGGUGGGUUUCAAAACUGAGUCGUCAGAGUCUUCAUUACUAUGUCUCCACACAUAUGAAGAGCCUCUCUUCCCUAGAUCACAACUCUGAUUUUCUGUUUACUUAGUUUCCUAUUGGCUCAUAAAUUCUUCAAAUGAUUCACUUAUUUUGCAGGAGCUUAUAGGAAACUACAUCUACAUGGAAGAGUACUUUAUGAGAGAAACAGUAAUGAAGGUUAGUCUUGUGUUGCUUCUGAAAUUAAAAAUUUAGACAUACUGGUUUUGUAAUAUUUCUGGGAAAAAGUUUGUCCAGGUCCAAUAUUUUUGGAGUUGUGAUGGUUAUAAGUGUUAUGUUUAGUGUUUUUGUUAAUUCAAGUUGUAAUUUUCAGGCUGUAAAGAUGGACAUCACAGAGGGUGGUGAUGAUGAAGCUGUCACUUCCAGCAUGGUAGAUGAUGUCUUCUUUAUUGUACAAAAGGCUGUCAGGUUUGUUUUUGGUUAUAAUCCUGAAUAUUAACUUCCAAAAGGUCUUCUUAAAAUGUGUGAUUUCAAGCUGUGAAUAGUUUUCAUGAAUAAUUUUAUGGACAGUGAAAGACCAGUUUUAAGAUGUCUUUGGAGCAUCUUGUGUGUUUUGUUUUGAUUAUUGAUUUAAUAGCUCAUUAUUUAUCGAUAUUGUUUUUUAUUAUAUUAUUUUUUUAGUAUUAAAGAACUAAGGCUAAGUUUGAUAAGGGAUACCUGAAAAAUUUGUGUUAAUCUGCAAUGCAAAACAUGCCAACAUCUAUAAAAAUAUUCCAUGUCGCUUUAUGUUAAGGGUAAGCUCUGGUCUCGUGGACCACUAAAUUUAGGAGAAACUGUUAACUCCUCAGAAGGUUGAUUAUCUACUUCCUGUGUUAUUGUUUUCAUUCAUUCAGACGAGCCUUAUCCAGCUCUAGUGUGGAUGGAACAUGUGCAAUGCUGAAUCACGCAUGGUAAUGAACUUAAUUGUGAAAGAGUGCUCCAGAAACCAAUUUUUGAUACCAACACUUUUUAAGAUUCCUGAGAAGAAACCUAAUCUAUCAAAAAUUUCAUUCAAAUGCCCUUUAAAUUUUACCAUGGACAUGGUCAUUUAAAUCAUGCUCAGCAACCUGGCCACAUGGAAAUGACGAAUCAAAGUGUCACUUUUUUUUCUUUUCCAUCGCUUGUCGAUCUGUUUUGAUAACUACUAGGUGAAUCAGAAGGCAUUUUUGAGGAGCAGUGGUACAAGAACUGCAGCAUGUGGUUAUGUGUCUUAGGCCAACUUGCUGAGUCAAGUUUUAAUUCUUUAACUCCUAAGAUCUGAUUGUUAAUUCUACCUUCUUGCUACUUUACAUUUUCCUAUAAAGUAGUUAUAGGAAUUUUGUGUUAGAUCAAGAUAGCAACUUUUACCUGAUAAAUUUGAGAAUUCUCAAUACCUGUUUGCCAGAUAAUGUUUGGAUAUUAUAGGGAGAAGUUACUUGUUAGUCACCUCUGGGAGAUAAAUUUAAAAUUAUAUCGUUUUUCUGACUUAUCAUCUCUUAUUGUUUGACUCAAUUAAGAAUUUCCAUAUCAACUAUCUUUAAUUUCUCUAGUGCUCUUCUGUCAUCUGAUUACCGUGAUGUGCUAACUGCCCGAUUGAAAGCAGGUUUUCCAUCUGGAAGGUAUUUAUAGUACCUCUAUGAAAGCACAAUAACAGUAUAGAUAUAGCAAUGUUGCAAUCGUACUGUGUGAUCUCUUUAUUUUUAUGUUGUUCUAUUGUUACAAUUUUAAGGUUGGAUGAUUGUAAUUUAUAUCAAGCAAUUCAAACUGGUCAAAAAUUUCAAAUCCUCAAAUUCACAAACUUGUGAUCUUUACUUUUUUUACUUUUUUACUUUUUUAUGUAGAGAGUUGCUUUUGAUAUCUUAAAAAAAUUCCUUGUGUAAAUUUUGUAAUAGUUGUAGAAUUUUUCAUGGCUUAGAUUUGUUCUUACCAUCAAGUUGUCUAAGACUCUAAAUAUUCAAAGUGUGUUGGAGCAAUAACACAAAAUUUAUUUCCUUAUUGCUCCACUGAAAUUCGAGUUCCACAAAUGAGUAUUCUAAGAUGUCCUUGUACUGAUAAUUGUUCUUUUGUAUUCCAGUCUUGAUUUAUCUGGAAUGUUGCUGAAAAAAAAAGGAAAGCUGCAGCUUGAACGUGGGCAGAAAGACUCCACAACGGCUGAAAAAGCAUCUGGCAAUGCUAAUGCGGGAAGGCCUUCCUACUUUGCAAAGCAAGAAAUUGGGGCAAGAUCUGUAAGCCGUCAAUUGUUAAUAAAGGUGUGUGUUGUUUACAAUUUUUCAUGUGACAAUCAUCCUCUAUCAAUCAUUGCUGAGCACAAAAAUUUUGACAUUUUUUAGAAGUGUUGUAAUUACGGUUUUAUCAAAUUUCCCCAUCAAGAAACGUAAGCCCAAUUUAAAUAAAUUUUAUGUGAAACUCUUUGUUUGAAUUUUUAGACUCAGCUAUUGUUGUUUUUUAGUAUUUUGAAUUAAUAAUUUUCAGCCAACGCUGAUUCUAGCAAUUUUUAAUCUUAAAAUGUUUUUAGGACGCUGAAAUCAAAUAUGAAUUUAGCUUUUGAAUUAAAGCUGAUGCGAUGGACGCUCAUCUAGCGAUCUUCUUCGUAAGGCCAAAUCAAAAGAACCUAAACUCCAUUCCUCAGGGCGGGCCUUAAAGUUUUUUCUUUGUUCCACGUGCUAGGCAAAAAUGAGUCUUUCUUUUCUGUACAGACAUUGCUAUUUCUUAAUCAAUGAUUGUUUUCUCCAAGUGAGGCUGUGAGCAGUGGACGUAUGAAUUCAUCCUUUCUCCUAAGACUAAAGCUGCUAACAAAUAUUUUAUGCUGAAUUUCAGGUGACACUUAACAACCUUGAAGUUAGUAGCAACAACAUUCAGAAGCUAAAGAAAGAUCUUGAGGUAAAUAAUGACUGAAAUAUAUAAUGGUGAUGGUCAUCCGUUGAAUGUUGUCAUCGUCGCCGAGAGCUUAGAAUUUACUCUUACUUGUAUAUCAGAUAGUACUGAUGAUAUGAACGCAAGAUUCAAAAUCCCAAACUUUUAUGUAUAUUAUUUUGUGACGAGUUGGCUGAAUGAAGCGAAUCCUGUGAUUUAACCACCCAAGCAAAUACAGCCCUCUCGGUUGUGCCCGUUUUGAUGUAAGCUUGUUUGGUCAAGAUGAUGGAAUGUUUGCCUCGUUUUUUAUGCAUUGUUAUGGGCUUCAUUUUUAUCUCGGUCUUGGAAACAGGAAUUUGGCCUUUAUUGAGCUACCCUGAGAUAAAAAAAGCUUAUGACGCAUUUAUUACUACUCCUUUUGCGUUCAUACUCCACAUUAGUACAAACAGUUCUUUUAAAUUUAAGGAUAACCUGAUAUGAUUGCUUGGGUGGAGAGGGGGACCACGAAGGACCAGCGAUCGGCAUGCCAACAAAAAGUAGUCUCUACUCAAGCCUGUUGACCCACUCAGCUGGAGCUUAUCCCGGUUUCCAUAGUAGGAGUGUUAUCACUCCCUCUAGAUGGGAUGUUACUAGGCUUUCCUGACAGUUAGCCAGUACCCAUGUAUACUCCUGUGAGAGUGAAGUGUUUUGCCUAAGAACACAACACGUUGACCCAGCCUGGUCUCGAACCCAAACCUCUCGACCCGGUCUGUUCCACUGACCAUGAGGCCAGUGCCACAGGCAACACAUCCAAAUUACUUUCAUCUUGUUGCGUUGAAGCGUCGUGGAUUGAUUUUUAAGUGUUUCCAAAUAAUUUGCCUCCCAGAUUGAAUGUGACAGGAACUUGGCUUUUGGAGAUGCUGCUAAACUGAAAUUAGAGGCAAGUGUUCACGUUUUUUACCAUUCUUGACAUGGACCAUAAUCGACUGGCUUCAUAAGGCAUAUAAAACUGCAACUGGAUAUGUUUUAACUUUACCUUUUUGUCUACUUACAGGGGAGGGUAGAGUACAUCAACAUGUUCAUUUAAGAAACUUCAAGCGACUCCAUUAGUCUCUACCACGGAGAUGGCAAAUGACAAAAGUCGCAUUAAUUCUAAGUAGCUCGUAAUAUCAAACAAAUAAACGAAACAAUAAGCAAAAGCUAGAAAAACAACAACAAAAAAUUGACUUAUUUGUUUUAGAUGAAAGGACUAUUAGAAGAAAGAAGGGUUUCAAUCUUAUCCAUCAACAAAAUUCCUGCUAUGACUUAUUGGACUUUAAAAAAAAAUAAAAAAAAAUUUGCAAUUUUCUAAUUAUGUUUUUUCUUAUCUUCUCAGAGCUGUCUUUCAGACUUGAUGAACACAUCAAAUAUUUUCAAGGAUUUACUUCAAGUAUGGAAAUUUCCUUGUACUAUCUUGUCCGUGGGGUUAAAUAUUCUCUUUACAUUUAUCAUCAUUGGUUAAUAGCAUAUCCUUUAAAAAUGUUUUUUUACCAUUUGUAUGAUUUGCAGGGUGGACUAUAUCAGUUAUGUUCUACUGCUGUCAUACCAAGAUUAAAACCCCUCAUCGAUGGAUUCAAUUCAACAAGCCACAACAUAUCUGAGGUAAUCAUUUCCCUCGAAUUCAAUUAAAAAUUAAUUCACCUGUCAGCUAUAUUUUUCUUUUGUUUCUUAACUUGUGUCGCUUUUAAAGAUCCAAUUAGUAAUUCUAUCUAACAUCCGCGAUCAUUUACCAAAACAGUCAGAGAGGUAAACAGAGGCACUGUGAAAGUAACGAUCUUGCCCAACAACAAAAUGUAAAGAACCAGUUACGGUUCGAACCCAGACCUCUCUCUAUAUAUAUUUGGUUAAGUUCACUAACUAUACUUUCGUUUCACAGUGGUUGGUUACCCUGUGCGAAGUAAGGGGGCAGGGUUACUAACAUUACGUCAAGUUUUAUUUAAAGGUCUGUCUCUGUAAAGUUUUAGUUUCUGUGUCUCCUGUCGAGAGGUAAGGGCUUGCUCAGUCUGGGACAAGUGUGACUAUAUAAAACUUUUCAUUGACUGACUUCUUUGAAUAGCCACUGAAAGUUAAGUUAAUUACGGUGGAUGAACCAUAUAGGAAUUGCUAAUCCGCUCAAAGAUGUUCUCAGACGCUUUAUCCAACGCUCCAGUUAUCAGCUAAGACAACUAAGUUAUGGUACAUGACGUUUACGAAUUUCUGCUUUGUCUGUUGAACUCUUGUUUUAUUAUUAUUAUUUCUUUUUUCAAUGCAGGAGGAAUUUGCUUUCUAUGAAGUGAAUGAUCCAUUUGUUCAGAAUUUUAUCACAAGUUUAGACUCGAUCUUAACAUCUUUUAAGGUAUGUCUGCACCGCUUGACGAGCGGCCCCGUUAGCUUACAGAUCUUUGAGUAACAAUGAAGUCUGCAAGAAGAUGUUGGUUAUUUCUGUGUGUUAGUUCCAAAGGUAAUCAUGGCUAAUACAAUUAUUAAAACCAUAAAAUUAACCCAUUCAAUUCUUUUUCUCUUUGUCUUUCUCAACUUGUGUGGUGAGAAGUUUUGCCAUUCUUUGGCUGGUUUUUAUUUAGAGGAAGGUUUACAUCAUAACAGCGGCCAAAAUAACGUCUCUAUGUGUUGAUUAGAGCUUGUGGUUUUAAUCACACUGCCGUAAAAUGUCAAACUUAAGAGUUGUUAUUGUCAUGAUCUUUCGUUAUUACUGAUUGUACGUUAGUACAUGAAACUCUUUGGGUAACGGAAAAAGUGAAUUAAGAAAACGAACAGAGUGAUCCACUUAGUCUGAAUUUAUCUUGGUUUCACUCGCAGACCCGGUGUAUUCCUUUUUUCAUUGGUGGUAUGUUAGUCCAUCACAGAUUACUCACCUCUCCCCGCCCCCACCCCCGUCAAGUUUCUCUCCCAGUUCCCUGGUAUCGUUUUGGUUGUAGAGAGGCUAACCGUCAGGCCGCUGAAUACCUCGCACGUGAAAAAUGCUUGAGCUCCGAUAGAGAAAUUAUAAACCAAUAUGCCAUUUUGUUGCGCAGGUUCCACUGACAUCUUCCAACUAUGACUCCUUAGUAAGCAUGGCAGCCACUGAAAUAACAACUCAACUGGAAACCUCGGUCAUGAAAGCGAGUUUUAACAGAGUACGUUUUGCAGUCAAUAGACAGGCCUUAUCUCUAGUUGCUGGUGGUUUUGGUGUGCCCGCGAUCCUCAUCGCACAGCGAAACUUCAACGGCUAGAGGCUGAGCCUAGUCAAUGUAUAAAUGGCAAUUGGAAUGUGCAACUGUAAUUUUAACUGAUGCGACGGUUCACUCCGUAAAAUCCCUUUUUAUGAUUUUUAGGCGACAGGAAACCUAGUUUGAGGUGUCUUUUUGAUUUACGAAUUAUUUUACCUUCUUCUUAUAACAUUUUGUCCCGCAACUUGUUGAAGUGAUCUGUUACCCGUUGUCAACUGAAUUUAUACGGGGCAAGGAACAGUGGGUGCAAAUUUGAACUUGACGUGUACUUGACGGUAGCUUUGUCUCAAGAUACUUGACAGUUUUGGAGAAUGAAUUGUACUUUAAAAGAGAUAAAUAUUACAAGAUGUGUUACUAACUCUUAUUGACUUCAACAUCCAUUAAAUGAAUCUGAUCCUCUAUUUCAUUGUUUCAAAUCAGCUGGGUGGUCUUCAGUUCGACAAGGAACUACGUUCGCUGGUCGGUUACCUGACAGCUGUCACUCAGUGGACCAUACGAGACAAGUUUGCCAGACUCACACAGAUUGCCACUGUCCUCAACUUAGAGAAGGUAAUCGUGAUUCUGUAAACAAUAGCCACCAUUCAGCACGAAAGUAUGCUUAUGCAUUUGUUUGCGCACAGAAAAACUGUGAGCUUACAUAUUUAUAGCUUGGAAGGCAGAAACAUUCAGACUUUGAGCAUGCUCAAAGUGUCUUCCGACCAUUCACUGCUCUGAUGAGCUAUGAGGCUUUCAAUGCUACAGAAAUGUCUGGAAAUUGUCCAAGCAUCUAUUAACAAUGCAAAUAAACAGUCCUAUCAACAAUCAAAACUCUCAACUGCUCGAAUUUGCAUUUCUGUAAAAAUUAUCUAAGUAUAAUCCGGUCGAUGAAGAAGCGAUUUUACCCUUACAGUCCUCUAUUUUCUGUUUAACAGGUGGGCGAGAUUAUGGAUUACUGGGGUCCUAAUUCAGGACCAAUGACUUGGAGACUUACUCCUACGGAAGUCAGACAAGUCCUGUCAUUAAGGUGAACUACUAUAUUCUGAUUCCCUCAAUCCUUUUUCUUCCAGAUUAUGCUUUGAUAAGCUCGGAGAGCAGCGCAUGUUUUCACAACUGGAGGUGUCCCCUUACCAAAUGCGAAAAUAGGGGUCUUUGUUGAAGUAAAACGAAACAGGAUCUUUUAAAGGCUGCUGCAAGUAAAAUUGUUGGGACAGGAGAGUACACUUUGGCUACUGUGGCUAUAGCGUAGUAACUGAAAGUUCGACUUCCAUUUUUUCCGUUUUUUGCCAUUAUGAGGGGAACUCUAGAGCGGAAGCGACUGACAUUAAGCGCAAAGCGAGCGUGCGAGAACAAGUGUGGAGUGAGAGAGUGACCAUGAACCGGGAAAGAUAAAAUACUUACACUCCCCUGCCUUUGCGUUCUUAAAGUCCACUUCAGUCCUAACGUUGCUCGCGCUUUGGGCUAUUAUCUAAGAAGAGAGAAAUUAGAAGGUCUGUGAACAUUCCCAUCUUUUCUUCAGUGUUUGUUCCACUGUUAGUUACUGCCUCGCUAUUGGUCUUUCGGCUUUUCUUUUCUUGCUGUCCUUUUCACCAUGUCAGAAAAUGGAAAAUCUGUUGACAAGGUAUUGUUAGGAUGAAUUGUACACUUUACAGCGAGGAAGGUCUUGUGGGGUGGAGCGGGAAAAGAGGGGUUCAUGGCAUUUGAUUGGUCUUUCCAUUAGAACUUAUUCAUGUGUUUAUUUUUUCUCAGGGUCGAUUUCAGAAGUGAGGAUAUCAACCGAUUAAAACUUUAAGCUGGGAACCAAAUAGUUUUUACAAAGAAUUAUUAGGAGAUUUCCCAGAAAAACCUUAAAUGAUGCAGAAAAUAAAUAUUUAAUGACUGAUGUAGAUAGGGAGAUUGUAAAUGAUAGAGGGAGUUCAGAGCCCUUCUUUAGAUUACAAGUUUGUCACAAAAUCAUUUUGAAUCGCGACAAAAUUUGAUACACAGCUUGCUCCGCGAGCGAGUAGGAUAAAGCGAAUCUGUGUUUUUAACCGGACCUCAGGUUGCCCUCACACGAUUGCUCUCUUGACCAAGCUUGCUUUUUUUUGGGGUGCCUUAUUAUGGUCUUCGACUUUAUCUCUGUCCGUGAGACACAAUUAGAGAUCUUGAGCAAUAUAUAUCGAGCCAUCUUGCCUGCACAUUUGGUUGUUGACGUCUAUGCUCAACAGUAAGCACAAAUAUGACUAUGAAGAAUAUAAAAUCGUAGAUGGGAACUGCGGAUUAAUAAAUGAAUAUGUGAAUGAUCUUUGCAAGAAUAAACACUUCCUAAGAAGUAGUGAAGGCAAAGUCUGAAAAACUGAUUCAGGCCAGUACGAGAGUUGAACCCAUGACCUCUGGCUGCGAAAGAGAGUAGAUAUAUGUUCAGAAAUGUAGAUAUGUGUAUUAUUUCAAUAUAUCGGUAGGUAUAUCUACCUAUUGUGCGUUUCUCCAGUUUCGUUAUGCCUCAGUUGGCAGACUGUCCAGGUGUAAUAAAGGUGCACUAAAGUGGA